GCGGCAAAUGUUUUGUUUUUGUCAGUUAUUCCAUUUCCAUAUGUAGACGUAGAGACAAAUUUGUAAUUUUGUUUUAUAAACUUGAACUCGAAGCGACUUGUGUUAAAUACAACUAAAUACAGAGCAGAGCAGAGGGAGCAAGAGAGAGAGACAACCAGAUGAUGAUUGCACUUAAACGCCUGCCCCGUUCACUCCUGUUGCGCGCUCUCGGCAGCUCGCAGCAGCAGCGCUCAAAGCUGCACACAAAAUCGCCUGCACAGUGGUGCAAGACACAGCAAACAACAACAACAACGCAAACACAGACGCCGUCGGAGGACACAGUGCGGAGCAUUGUGGAUGCCCUGAGGAAUGGACAACGUGCUCUGGGUCAACCGACGAGCAUAACGCAUCCACAUCUAAUUCGACCCAAUGAACUCGUGCCCGGCGUCGAGUUGACCGAGUUUCAGUCGCGACGGACGUGUCUUAUGCAAGGCUUGAAAGCCUACGCCGAAAGCUUUGGCGAUGAGUUCAACGGACGUGCCGCCAAAAGUCAUAUGCUGGUUAUCGGCGCUGCCGCCAAAAAGUAUAUGAGCGGCAAGAUACCCUACGUGUUCCGUCAGAGCUCGGACUUUUAUUAUUUGACGGGUUGCCUGGAACCGGACUCGGUGCUGCUGCUGACUAUCGAUGAGACGGGCGCGGUGCAAUCGACGCUCUUUAUGCGUCCGAAGGAUCCGCAUGCCGAACUGUGGGACGGACCACGAACGGGACCCGAGUACGCCGUGCAUCUGUUCGGCGUUAACGAAGCAUAUAGUAUCGAUACUCUGAGUCAGACGCUGGAGAAGCGUGUCGUGCAGUUGAAGCCACAUCUUUGGUUCGACCUGAAGCACUCGGAGUUGCCGAAUGUGACGGAAACGAUGCUAGGAUUGUGUCAGAGCGAAAGACCCCGUUUGUUGCCCGUCUACAGUUUUGUGGAGAAUAUGCGACUGAUUAAAUCGCCCGCCGAAAUGCAAUUGAUGCGUCGCACCUGUGAGAUUGCUUCCCUGGCUUUUAACGAGGUCAUGGCAGAGACUCGACCCGGACAAUCGGAGCAUCAACUGUACGCUGCCAUCGAUUACAAGUGUCGAAUGCGGAAUGCCAGCUACUUGGCCUAUCCGCCGGUUGUUGCCGCCGGUAAAAAUGCCACCGUUAUACACUACGUGAACAAUACACAGUUACUGCAGCCGCAGGAACUGCUCCUGAUGGAUGCGGGCUGCGAGUACGGCGGAUAUACCAGCGACAUUACCCGAACCUGGCCUGUGAGCGGACAGUUUACGGAUGCUCAGCGCACGCUCUACGACAUGAUGGAGCAGCUCCAGAAAGAGGCUAUCGAGCUGAUCAUGCAACCUGGCGGCGAGACGCUUGAUCAGUUGUUUGAGACUACGUGCUUCAAGCUGGGCAAAUAUCUGCAGGAGAUUGGACUGGUCGGGAAGCAUCUGAGCGAGUACAAGGAGCUGGCGAGCCAGGGCUACAAGUUCUGUCCGCAUCAUGUGUCGCAUUAUCUGGGCAUGGAUGUCCACGAUACACCACAUGUGCCGCGCAACACACGCCUCCAACCGGGGAUGGUGUUCACCGUGGAGCCGGGCAUCUAUAUCGAUGAGAAACGGACGGAUGUACCGCCGGAAUUCCGUGGCAUUGGCAUUCGCAUUGAGGAUGAUAUACUGAUCAAUGAGCAGGGCAAAGUUGAGGUACUCACUGCCAGUUGCAUCAAGGAGCGUCGUGCCCUUGAGAAUGUCUUCAAGGUGAAGCAAACGGAUUAAUCCAAUCGACGAGCACUUAUUUUGCUAAAUUCCUAGUCAUUAAUUAGUUUAACAAUUCACAAAAUGUUUGCCAAAGUAAUUAAUUAAUUUGAAAUAUAUACAUUGAAAUUAAAUUUAAUUGAGUUCAAAAUUAAAGUCCCUAACAAAUUCCUA